UAAUGGGUUCGUGGAUAGAUAUGCUACUUGUUUUAGGUUUAACCCUCUUGAGCCUCUCUCCUUCAUGGGCAACUGACGUUUCUUAUGACAAGGGUCAGUUUCUGAUCAAUGGACAACCAAGAAUUCUCCUUUCUGGAUCAAUCCAUUACCCACGCAGUACGGUGGAGAUGUGGCCAGAUCUAAUCCAGAAGGCGAAGGAAGGUGGACUUGAUGCUAUAGAGACUUACGUGUUUUGGAAUGCUCAUGAGCCCCGUCGUCGUGAGUACAAUUUCAAAGGGAACUUAGAUCUCAUCAGCUUUUUGAAGACAGUCCAGCAAGCCGGUCUCUACGCCAUUCUGCGCAUCGGUCCUUAUGCGUGUGCUGAAUGGAACUAUGGAGGAUUCCCUGUGUGGAUGCAUAAUCUACCCGGAGUCAAGUUCAGGACAGAUAAUCAAGUUUUCAAGGAUGAGAUGCAAACUUUCACUACUUUAAUAGUGGAUAUGAUUAAAAAGGAGAAGCUCCUUGCCCCUCAGGGAGGUCCCAUAAUCCUUUUACAGAUUGAGAAUGAAUAUGGCAAUAUAAUGGAGCCUUAUAAAGAGGAAGGGCAAAGAUACAUCCAAUGGUGUGCAAAACUGGCUGAAUCCCAAAAUACUGGCAUCCCAUGGGUCAUGUGUCAACAGGAUAAUGCACCACAGUCAAUGAUUAACACGUGCAAUGGAUUUUACUGCGACUUUAGUUUCAAGCCAAAUAACCCAAAGAGUCCCAAAAUGUGGACUGAGAAUUGGACUGGCUGGUUCAUAGGUUGGGGCCUCCCAUUCCAUUACAGAGCUGCUGAAGAUGUGGCCUACGCAGUUGCUCGUUUCUUUCAAAGUGGUGGUGUCCUCCAAAACUACUAUAUGUACCAUGGAGGAACCAAUUUUGGUCGUUCAUCAGGUGGCCCAUAUAUCACAACAUCUUAUGAUUAUGAUGCACCACUGGAUGAAUAUGGGCUUUUGAAUCAACCUAAAUGGGGACAUCUAAAGAGACUCCAUGAAAUCAUUAAAUCAGCUGAGAAGAUUCUUGUCCAGAAGUCAGUAACACACAAAGACAUUGAAAGCAAUGUGGUGUUGUCUACAUUUACGGGCAACUCGACGGGCAAUUCUACGGGCAAUUCAGUUUGCUUCUUGAGCAAUGCAAACAAUAACAAAGACGUGAAUGUUGACUUGCAAAACAAUGGCAAGUACUUCUUGCCUGCUUGGUCCCUCAGUAUUCUUGUUGAUUGCAACAAGGAAAUCUACAACACUGCUAAGGUCAGUACCCAGAUAUCCAUGAAGACAAAGAAACCAAGCAAUGGUGAUACUGAACUCAAUUGGGUGUGGAGAGCUGAGCCUAUGAAAGAUACCCUAAAUGGACAGGGCUCCUCUACUGCAAAACAGCUUCUUGAACAAAAGGCAACAACUGCUGAUGCUAGUGAUUACCUGUGGUACAUGACUAGGGUGAAUGUUGAUGCAACUUUCCCUAAAAACACGACUCUGCGUGUAAAUACAACAGGCUCUGUCCUUCAUGCUUAUGUCAACAAGAAGCGCAUUGGAUCUGAUUGGCGAAGUGGAGGUGGUUUUGUGUUUGAGAAACCAGUCAUUUUGAAAAAAGGGGUUAAUCUGAUAUCUUUACUUAGCGUCACUGUUGGACUAACGAACUAUGGUUCAUUUUUCGAUUUGGUACCAUUUGGAAUAGUUGGUGGUCCGGUUCAAUUGAUUGGAAGUACUGGUAAUUUUAAUAAGGAUCUAUCAUCAAACGAGUGGUCAUAUAAGAUUGGAUUAAAUGGUGAGAACCAGCAUUUUUAUGACGACAAAUUGUCACGCAAAAAUCAAUGGGCAUCAGAAGGACUUCCCAUCAAUAGGCCCAUGACCUGGUAUAAGACCACCUUCAAGGCCCCUUUGGGUAAAAAUCCUGUGGUGAUAGACAUGCAGAGUAUGAGCAAGGGGCAUGCCUGGGUUAACGGACACAGCCUUGGGAGAUUUUGGCCUACCAUGAUUGCUCAAGCCCCCAAAGGAUAUUCUUGUUCUGAUACAUGUGAUUAUCGUGGAAACUACGAUGAUCACAAAUGUUUUUCUAAUUGCGGUAAUCCUUCACAGAGAUGGUACCACGUUCCAAGAUCAUUCCUAAAUGAUGGGGAUAACAUAUUAAUCUUGUUCGAAGAAAUUGGUGGCAACCCAAUCAAAAUUAGUUUCCAAACUGUCACAACGGAGAAGGCAUGUGGUAAUGCAUAUGAGGGAAGCACAUUAGAAUUAUCAUGCCAAGGCGGCCAGACCAUUUCCGCAAUUGAGUUCGCCAGCUUUGGAGAUCCCCAAGGAAAAUGUGGAUCAUUCAAGAAAGGUAGUUGUGAUGCUACUAACACACUAUCUGUGUUGGAGAAGUCAUGUGUAGGAAAGGAGUCUUGUUCCGUCAAUGUAUUGGAAGCAACUUUUGGAUCAAGUAGCUGCAGCAUCAACACCCCCAAGAGGCUAGCUGUGCAAGCUGCAUGUUGAGAUCUUUUUUUGUUAAGUACUUACAAUCUAAGCUCUUAGGUUGAGAUCCACAGCAUUAGAGAGACCCUCCCUAUUUUUGUCCAUGGAGUUCUAUGAUUUUGUUAGGUACUGCCUACCUUAUUAUAUGUACUAAAAGAUUUGUGCAAUAAUUAACGUAAUAAUGUGAAGGAAAAUGACUUUUUUUUUCUUAUGUUAAAA